AUGGAGAAUGCAAUGGUGUCUGACGCUAUUUCAGGAUCUUCAUGGUCAUUACCGCAUCCAAGAUCACAGCAGGAAGUGGAACUCCAUGCUUACUUAACUACUCUUACUCUUCCUUUAACUCAUGAUAAGGAUGACAUAUUCGAAUGGGUUGCUGGUAAUUCUCCUUUGUGUGUUUUCAGGUCGUCCACUACGUGGGAAGUGCUUAGAUCACGACAAGAGAAAAAGGACUGGGUGGACGUAGUGUGGUUCAAGGGGGCGGUUCCCAAGCACUGCUUCACGAUGUGGGUGACGAAUUACGACAGACUACCAACAAGAUCAAGGCUCGCUGGCUGGGGAAUGCUCGUCUCUGCGGAAUGCGCUUUCUGCUCCAGAUUUGAUGAAACCAGAGACCACCUCAUGCUAACCUGCGAAUAUAGCACUCAAGUCUGGAAGGAGGUGCUUCUCAGGUGCCAAUCGCCUUCAACAUUGCUCACCAACUGGUCUGAGCUGUUGUCUUGGAUCAGAUCAUCACCGUCCAAGAAGCUCACUUUGCUACGAAAGUUGGCUACUCAAACCACUAUCUUCCAUCUUUGGAAACAAAGAAACAACUUAAUGCAUAACCAGACUUCGAUCUCACCAGAAUCUAUCUUCUAUGGCAUUGACAAAGACAUGAGAAACAUUAUAUCAGUUAGGAGAGUUAGUAAGCAUUUUCGUUCGCUCAUGGCGAUGUGGCUGAGAUAA